CAUUGUUAAAGAUUUUUAUGACUAAAAAUAAAAUGUUUGACCUAGGAUUGGUGCAUUUUUUCUCUUGGGGAGCCAGCUUUCAUGUCUCCGUUAUGUAAAGCCCAAUGUUCACCUUUCUUCCACUUGAUUUUCCGUGUGUUUUCAUUAAAACAGUGUGUACUAAAGAAAGGACUUUCUGUACUGGAAAACACUGUCACAAGUAAGCUUGAAAGAAGUUCAGUUUGGACUUUAUAUUUUGUUAAGAUAAAACAAAAUAUUUAACUCCUUAGAUAUUCUCCCCAUCACAGAGAAAAUGCCUGUUUUCUUGUAGCAGUUUCUCAGCUAAUGAAGCCUGUAGAUUUUAGGAAUAAUUAGUGUGUGUUAAUGAUGUGUCCAGGUGGACUGCAGUGCACAACUGCAAGGCGGCGUUUACUUUUAGACUCCACUGCUACUUUAAAUCAGGCAGGUUCUUUCCUUGGCCUGGGUAAGAACUCGGUAAGGAGCAGGAGAAAAACAACAGUGAAGACAUUAUGUAUUUAUGCAGACUACAAAUCUGACGAAAGCUAUACUCCGAGCAAGAUCUCAGUCAGAGUAGGAAAUAAUUUCCACAACCUUCAGGAAAUAAGGCAACUCGAAUUGGUGGAACCAAGUGGCUGGAUUCACGUUCCCUUAACCGAUAAUCAUAAGAAGCCAACUCGCACAUUCAUGAUACAGAUCGCUGUUCUAGCCAAUCACCAAAACGGAAGAGACACCCACAUGAGACAGAUUAAAAUAUACACUCCAGUGGAGGAGAGCUCCAUUGGUAAAUUUCCUCGAUGUACAACUAUCGAUUUCAUGAUGUAUCGUUCAAUAAGGUGACCUGGGGUCAGGACCGAGUCAGUAAACACUUCUCUGUUUUCUCUGGUCAGUAAAUGUUGUGUCUGGUAUCUUUAUUGAAAAGGCAUCUGUCAUUUUACACUUUUGUAUGUAUUAAGUGUUUUAUUGUGGCUUUAGAAAUAAAUUUGUGUCAUACUAUCUUUAUUUUCUUUAAAAUACAAUAAAGGUCACAUCUUUUAUGUUAUUAAAAAUGGAUUUGAAGCCAGUCGUUGAAUUUUUCAUCGAUAGAUACUACCUUUAAUACGACAGAAUUCCCCUUUUUUCCCUCCAGAGGAAACGUACUCUUUCGAUGAGGCCUUUUUAAAGGCCGUGUCAAAAUAAGCUUAGUAUUCAGCGUCUGAUGAGAACCACUCUGAUUUGGGGAACAUGGUUAAUUGGGUCAUAAUCGCUUCCAUGAGAUGCUUCUAACCUACGCUUGCCGGUACCCGGGUACGAUGUCGGAGAUCGCCGGCACACUCGGCUGUUCUUCUCACUUAACGCUGCACUAGAAGAGUUGCCUUCAAGUUUGUGUCUGACACGGAAGCGUUCCUGAGGGAUAAAUAUGUCUCAUGAAAAUUUUUAAAAUGUAUGAAAUUAUUCUUUAUAUGUAAAAAGAUAUUAAAGGAGCUUAAAUGUGUUUCCU